GCCGUUUCGCGGCAAAUUUUAAAAUGGCGCCUGUUCCCUUCAAAUGUGUACUUUCGUUCACAUCGCAAGACCCAAAGCAUAAUGCCCAGAAUCUAUUAAAGCAAAAUACAGGGGGACCUACUGGGAAAAGAUGGCUAUGUGAGAAAGGUUUGAAAUCUGGAGAAAUGGAGGCAGAAAUUCAAUUAGAAGAGCCUGUUACAAUCUCACAUGUUGACAUAGGAGCCUAUGGGUGUUUUAGUGUGAAUGUUGAAGUGGGCAAAUCAACAUGGGCACGUAACCGUGGAUACGAAACAUUGAUCCCUGGAGCUAAUUUCAUGACGAUGCAAGAGUGCAGGAUGUGGAAGUCUCUCGAGAAAGUCCGCAUGUUUAACCAAAAAGACUUUGAUUUGAGCACAAGAAAUGGUAGUUGGGACAGAGUAAAGGUGACGUGUAGACAGCCUUUCAACAAGAGCGCACAAUUCGGACUCUCAUUUAUAAUGAUUAAGGCAGAUUCAGUGAAAACAUCAGAACAGUGUGUGGAAGCUGAACCGAUGAGUGCAAAAUCACCGAAAUACAACACCCUGAAAACCUUAAAUGGAAUAAAUUCACCGCCAUGGAAGUCUGGACAUCAAAAACAGAUGAAACUUCUACUUUCUGGAUUAGAUUCACCAAAAGCUGAGAAGGAAGAACAUGUAAAAAACAGACUUUUGAAAAUCGCAGGGUCUGCAGAAACUGGUUCAGAAAAUGUUGCAAGUCUCUCAAGAACAGCGAAACUUGUCAUGUCUGCUGUAGGAAAACAAACUAUCUAUGCUCCCAGAGGCCCAAGGAGUAAUGAUGAAAUGGUUUCUACGCCAAAGAGGAGGCGUGUGGAACAGACCUUUGAGCAAGAGCUUGAGAUUUUCUUUGAAGGGCUUGACAUGAGUACCAUUGACAUGGAUAAAGUGACAUUUGCAGAGCUUCGUCACAAACUCGAAAAGCAGAAGCAAAGAAAACUAUCCAAAGAAGAAAAGAAAUUGUUUUUGGCUCGAGGCAGUAAAUUUAUAGAAAAAGUUUUCCAGGAUCGAGAAAAUCAUAAACAAAUUUCAAACAAAACUCCAAAAGAAAAAGAUCAUAAAGCUACAGAAGGUACAGUUCCUAAAUCUCCUACAAGUACAGGGAUAAAGUGUGCAAAAUCUGGAUCAACCCCUAAGUUAGGAAACAACAUUUCUGGAGCAAUAAAAACUCCCAAACAAGCAAAAGUAAAUGCUUCACACCCAGUAAACAAGAAUUCCAAGGAUGCAGUACAAAAAUCGCCAAAUGGUACCCCUAAACCCCAGAAGCCUUUGGGUAAAUCACCACAGGGUGCACAGAAAUCCCAGAAACCUUUAGGAAAAUCAAUACAGGGUACCCCAAAAUCCCAGAA